UAAGUACAAAACAUCCCUCAAAAUUGUUUGAACGACUGUCAUUCGAUGUUAAAUUCACGACGUUUAAAAAUGUAUAAACCCAAGCGCAGUGAGUAUUUUUGCCGUUUGAGAGAGGGGUAGGGUUUCGUUACACGUGCGUGACCAGUGACCAUCGAGAAGAGGAAAUGGCAGAAAGAAAGGGAGAAACGGACGAAAAGAGAAUGAAAGAGGAGCUGAAGCGUGGUUUAAGAUACGUGGAGCCUUUCGUUACAGCACUCGGUGCCUGGCCACUUGGACCCGAAUCGGCCACGUUUUUAAAGAUAUUACAACCGUUCAUAACACCUGUAUGCUUUUGCCUGAUAUCGUUCACCACCUGGCCAGGUUUUUAUUACGUAUUCUUCAAGGAACGAAACAGCAAGAAGAGGCUGAAGCUGAUACUGCCGGUGCUCCACAGUAUUUUCCAACUGGCGCAGUACAUCGUCGUAUUGAGCAAAAUGAAGAAUAUAAGAGUGGCGUUGGACGAUAUAAGGAACGACUGGUUAGACACCACAGAAGAAAAUCGGCAGUUCUUCCGCGAGUGCGCCAAGGUCGGCAACAAAAUAAUAUCCAUACUGGUCAUCGGCGUGUGGGGUGGAGGUGUCGCUUUUCGAAUUAUGCUCCCACUUUUGAAGGGUAGAAUCGUUCUACCGGACAACACGACCGUGAGACUGUUACCCUGUCCAAUAUACCUUCCGUUUGUCAACGAACAAGUAACUCCAUACUACGAGAUAAUCUUCACACUGCAAACGUUGGGUGGUAUCUGCAACUAUAUUGUAGUCACAAGUAGCACUGGGAUUAUUAUGAUGAUUUCCUUGCACAUGUGCGGCUUAAUAAGGAUCCUAAGGAAGAAAAUGAUCGACCUUACCGAGAAAUCGGACGUCAACGAGGUGACGAUCCAGAGGAACAUCGUUACCAUCGUUGAAUAUCACACGAAAAUCAGAACAUUCUUCUUUAACGGACAAACGAUUACAGAGUAUAUUUGCUUCAUUUCGAUCGCUAACAGCGUCCUUCUUAUGUGUCUGCUGGGAUAUGGCAUAAUACUGGAGUGGCAAAAUUUCAAUGCCUCUGCUGUGGUGGUGUAUCUCAUACUGAUUUCAACGUUCCUGUUCUCCUCCUUUAUAAUAUGCUCCAUUGGCCAAAUUCUUCUCGACGAAAGCGAUAACUUUGCCCAAACAUGUGUCACGUUGGACUGGUACAAUUUUCCGCCGAAGAAGGCCCGCUACUUGAUAUUAAUAAUCAUUAUGUCAAAUUAUCCGAUCAAAUUGACGGCGAUGAAAGUUGUCGACAUUUCGUUAUCUACUUAUACCAAUUGUGGUGUAAAAUGUGGUUCUGCAGCCAGGCCUAAUAAAACGUAUAAACGUAAUGUGAGAGCCGCAUCUCUGGGCAGUACCGUUAGGCCCAUAAAGUACUUGCAAAAAUUACUUUAUGGGAUUGACUAUCGCUCAACGACACAUUUCGGCCUGAAAUGA